CAGCCGCCGGUGCACAGCUCCCUGCUGAGGCAGAGCCAGGGCCAGUUCCAGGAGCUGGUGCUGACGGAGGACGAGAAGAAGCUCCUGGCGAAAGAGGGGGUGUCCCUGCCCACACAGCUGCCUCUCACCAAGUACGAGGAGCGGGUGCUGAAGAAGAUCCGUCGGAAGAUCAGGAACCAGCAGUCGGCUCAAACUCCCCCUGCCAGCCCCCCUGACCCCAUCUCCCUCUCCCUGUCCCCCAGGAUGUCAGCGUGCACAGCCCAGAACCAAGAGCUGCAGAGGAAAGUCUUGCACCUCGAGAAGCAGAGCUCGUCCCUCCUGGAGCAGCUGAAGAACUCCUGCAACAAGGCAGCGCAGACAGGAACCUGUGUUGCGGUCCUGCUGCUCUCCUUCACUCUCAUCAUCUUCCCCUCCAUGAGCCCGUUUGCCCCCAGCAGGGCCGAGGCAGAUGGCGACUUCAGACCCGUGCGAGUGUUCUCCAGGUCCCUGCACAAUGCAGCCGCCUCCCGCGUGGCUUAUACACAGCCCCAGGCUGGGGACGAGAAGCCCCCAGAACCGCUGUGGUCAGAGCGCCUGGGCAAGACCCUGCACGAAGCCUUUGGUGGGCACGCGUUCACCCCACGCCUGGACAAAGCAUCUCCCCAUAACGACACGCAGCCACUUCCCUCUGAGGGGCUGAGCGUUGGGGACGGGGACCAAAGUGUCCCUGUGUCAGAGGAUGGAACCGCAGUGCACCACGGCCUGGCACCACUGGCUUGGAGCCAGGCUGAGCACAGCAGGCCCAUGGCACUGGAGCCAGGUGAGGAGCUUUAG